UCAAUUUCACCAACAUCACAACAUGCAAGUAGUACAAACGUGAAGUUCGUGACGUUCGUUGGAGUUAAGAGAGAAGUUAGCCACGCUAUACAAGUAACAUUUUUUUUUAGUUUGUAGUAAGCGAGUUCACGACUGUGUUUAGAUUUGUCGGGUCCUAAAACCUGUGGCAUUCUUCUUGUUAAAAGGUGUCGUCACUGGAUAUUUGUUUAGCUAUCGAAGUGAUAAGUUAAUUUAACGUCGCGGGUAAUCGUAAUAUUUCAUGUUCGGAAGUGAAGUGCAAAUGUUCUAGGUUGGUGAAAUAAUGACGAGCAGUGCUUUUAUCGCUUUGUAGCGAUGUGUGGUUUUAAUACAUUAAGUUGAUUGUGAUUUCAAAAUUCAUGGUGUAUCCAAUAAAAUUAGUGUCAUUUAUAGAGUAUAUUUCGAAUCAUAGGGACCAUAAACGAGCAGACGGAUUCUAUCAUGGUCGUAAAACGUGCUGCGGACAGUGCGGAAUCACCUAUUUUGGAGGAAGCAGGCGAGAGCGGUUCUGAGCAGAAGCCAAAGCCUCUCGUCAAAUAUGGAGAGCUCGUCAUACUUGGAUACAACGGUUACCUACCCGCUGGCGAGCGCGGCCGCCGCCGGAGCAAAUUCGUGCUGUACCGACGGCCGCAGGCUAACGGCGUGCGGCGCUCCAAGCACUACGUAGUCAAGACCCCGCACAGCAGCAAGGCCAUCCUCGACGCCAGCCAGCACUCUAUCUCCUACACGCUGAGCCGCAGCCAGGCGGUCAUCGUCGAGUACACGGAGGAUCCCGACACUGAUAUGUUCCAGAUCGGUAGGUCGUCAGAAUCGCCGAUCGACUUCGUGGUAAUGGACACAGUGGCAGGCGACAAAAGUGGCGACACGAAAGUGCUACAGAGCACUAUAUCGCGGUUCGCGUGUCGCAUCAUCGCCGACAGAGAGGACGUCAACAACUGUCGCAUAUAUGCUGCUGGGUUCGAUUCUUCUAGAAAUAUAUUCCUUGGGGAAAAAGCAACCAAAUGGACAGAGAACCACGAGAUCGACGGUCUGACGACGAACGGCGUUCUCAUGAUGCACCCGCGCGGUGACUUCUGCGGUGGCAGCGCCACCUGCGGCCCGUGGCGCGAGACUUCAGUCGGCGGCGCAGUGUUCUCGCUCAGGGAGAGUCGCUCCGCGCAGCAGAAGGGUCUCCCAUGCCAAUCAGAAAGCAACGUGCUCCGGGACGGGACCAUGAUCGACUUGUGCGGAGCCACGCUGCUAUGGAGGAGCGCCGAGGGACUCAAGAAUUCACCUACAAAACGUGACCUGGAAGCAUUAGUAGACGCAUUGAACGCGGGUCGGCCACAGUGUCCUGUAGGGUUGAACACACUGGUCAUUCCACGCAAGUUGUCUUCAGCUCAACAGGAUCUCAAUCAACCCUACGUGUACCUCAACUGUGGGCAUGUGCAAGGCGAGCACUCGUGGGGCGCGGAGAGCAGCGAGACGGGGCUGCGCAAGUGCCCCAUGUGCAUGACGCCGGGGCUGGUGGUGCGCGUGUGCAUGGGCAUCGAGCCCGCCUUCUACGUGGACGCCGAGCCGCCCACCUACGCCUUCAACCCCUGCGGACACAUGGCCUCCGAGCGCACCGUCAAAUACUGGGCGAGCGUGGACAUCCCGCACGGCACGAACGGCUUCCACGCCAUCUGCCCGUUCUGCGCCGCGCCGCUGCAGGGCACGCCGGGCUACGUGCGCCUCAUCUUCCAGGACAACCUCGACUGAACCUGCACAGGUCCUGCAGCAGGCGUUUUUGAUUAUAAAUAAAAGGGCCUUUUAUUUAAUAAUUAACAAAUAUGAUACGGAGCGGCAGGCAUCGACGUCAGGCCGCGAGGAAGUUAUAUAGAUGAGCGGUCACAGAGGUCAUAAAUAUGUUUACAAUGUACCUAAAGUAAAGACAAUUUUGUACAUGGAGCUGCCAUUUCCUGUCUCUAUCGCACGCACAUAAUUUUAUUGCUGCAAAGACAAUUUGAAAUAGAAGUGGAUUGUUAAAGAAAAUUUUGUGGGCACAGUAAAUUUACUGCCAUCUUUCGAUACAUGAUUAAAACUUUUAGAACGCCGUUUGACUUUGAUCCUUAUUCUUUCACUGAUAUGUGUUAAAUAUCAUAAAGUGGCGCCAUCGGCUAAAGGUUGUGGCGCCUUUGGCCUAUAAUUAGAUGGCGCCACACGCAAUACAAUGGCAUCUUUUUGAUAUUUAACAAAUUUAACACAUAUCAGUAAGAGAAUAAGGAUCAAAGUCAAAUGGCGUUCUAAAAGUUUUAAUCAUUUGUCGAAAUAUGGCAGUGAAUUUAUUGUGGCUACAAAAUUUUCCUUUUAAUUUCCUGUCCCGCCGGUGAUGCUGGCGAGCGGGCGGCUGCGAGCCAUAGAGAUAGGAACCGGCGUUUACACAUAUUUAUGACCUGAGGCCGAGCAAGGUUAUGUGCUCCUCGAUGAGUUGAGAAUGUUUUCAUGAUCUUUAAAUUAUGCACUUAUACCUAAUACGCUGUUUUUUUUAAAUGGAAUCUCACUUUUAUCUUUUUCCAUAUUUCGACAUAGCUGUAACGCAGCUUUACUCAAAUCAGAGACGAGAUGAAUAAAAGACUGUCAAUCUCAAUCAAAUUCUAGUACUCGAUUAUGGGGAAGGUCUUUUGAGGUCUCUACAUACGGUAGAGAGUUAGCGGUCUUUAUUAUUUAAUCGUUUCUGCAAAAACGCUACAUGAAUUAAUGUAAAACUGUGUAAAAUCAAAUGAUUUAAUUUGUUCAAAAUAAAUAUUUAUAAAGUGUGUUACGUUUAUAAAUCGAUGUGUUGAUGGUGUCUGUAUGUUUAAUGUGUCGUCCUUAAGGUACCACUUUGUCAACUGCCAAAAAGGCUUAAAAGAAACAUGCAAUGUGAAAUAGUCCUUACUGGCAUCCGAGAAAGUGCUACUUUUUGCCUGAAAGCGUCACAAAUAGGUAUUAUAAAAUGUUCGGCUAAUGAAGAAUAUUUAUUUGUUAAUGUCAAGAUGUAUGAUAAUAA